AUGUCUUCGCAAGGGUUUGGCCAGCAAGCCGAGCAGGGAACCGCCACCGAGGCAACAUCGGAAAAUGGGCCUGCCACACCCAAUACCCCUCACCAUACCUCCCCUCGCGUUGAAGAAGUUGGCGAGCACGCCUCGCAGGGAGGCUCCACCAGGACUUCACCAAGAACGGGCCAAGUCACUCACGAUGCCUCCCCCCGAGGAGAAGAAUUUUCCCACCAAGCCGCCCAGGGAGAGCGCAAUGGGGGUCCAUCAGGAGCGAGCAACGUCGCCGUCCCCGUCGACAACCCUCGCAGGGCCUUGGAAUAUCAUGAGCUUGUCCAACGACUCCUCAACCCGGGUGCUCAGCAGUGGCGUGCGUACCAAAGAGGCAGCAUCCCCCCGCCGCCGACGCCGAACAUGAACCACGUCUGGGGCCCAGUUACUCCACCGCAGCAAACCGCCGAGAACGUCAUCCCCCAAUACGCCGAAGACGCCGAACAGUACACCGGCUGGCCCCCCUUCGGGUAUGCCCCCGUGCAGCACCCCGUCUACUCCGAGCCUGUCUUCGACCCCGGCUUCGACUAUCGACUUCCCUUUCUCUGGAGGCUGCUCAACGACCCGGAGGUGCCGCCUUUCUACUACUACUAUUACUACCGCGACCACCCGCUGGGGUAUACGAGAUACUAG